AUGUCAAAAAAAUAUCAAAGGCUACGUUUAUUUCGAAGUACAUUUUUUGAUAUCAAGAUACCUGAAAUAAGAGUGAGAUGCCCCCUUCAAAGAAUAGACGACAACGCCUUCGAUCAUACUAGAUCACUGACUAAGCUACUUCUUUCUGAAACAAGAUUUCAUGGAAUUCCAAGUGCCAUUAGUAGUAUCAAGAAUUUAAAAACACUUGAGAUUGUGAAAGGUAGAUUAACUGAGAUUACAACAGAACUUCAAUAUAUGCCUGAACUUAUAAACCUCUCAUUGACUAAAAACAGAAUAAGUUCACUAUUAGGCAGUGUUUUUAUUGGUGAUAUUAAACUUCAAUCAAUUAUUUUAACAAAUAAUAAGUUGAAGAUCUUAGAUAAUAAAACAUUUGAUCCUUGCCUGAGUUUACGAUUGGUUAAAUUGGACAAGAACGAUCUGAUAACAGUUGACGGCUUAUUUCAGAAUCCUAGUUUGAUGAAUAUCGAUUUAAGCUAUAACCUAUUGACAACAAUACCUGAAGACCUUUUCUACAAUUUGGAAAAUUUGACUAGUCUUAAACUGAAAGAAAAUAAUAUAAGUAAUGUUACAAAAUGGUUUUCUGGAAACAAUCGUUUGGAACAUAUCGAUUUAAGUGACAACUUAAUCGAAUCUUGCGAUUAUACAUUUCAAUCGAUGCAAUCGUUGAAGACUAUUUAUUUGCAUGGUAACCGUCUUAGUAAAAUAACAAAAAAUUGCUUUUCGUCGAUUCCAUCGCUUGAAGAAUUGAUACUCAAGACGAAUCAUAUUUCCCAAAUCGAUUCAGAAGCAUUUUCUCAACUAGACCAGCUACGAAAUAUUGAUGUGUCUUUUAAUAGAUUAAAAACAUUGUCAAGGGAAUCAUUUCCUGAUGUUUUAAAGAUUCGAGAAUUAUUUACCACAGGAAAUAAUUGGGUGUGUGAUUGUCGCAUUUUGUGGAUCAGAGAUUGGAUGACGGCUAACACAGCAUUAAAUACAUCAAUUUUGGACUUUACUUGUUCUUUGCCAAUCAGGUUCAAAACAAAACAGCUCAGCCAAUUGACUAAAGAAGAUUUAUCUUGGCCAAAAGAAGACUGUCCAUCGUAUUGUGAUUGUUCAUGUGUUGCUUUCCGAGACAAGGGAUACGCAAAUGUGAAUUGCGCAUCAAAAGGCUUGACAAGGAUACCAACUAGAUUUCCAGAAUUAACUAUGGAACUAAAUCUUCGAGAAAACUUGUUGUCUAAUCCAGUCGAAAUCAACCUUCCUUCAGCGUCCAAGCUACGUAUCUUAAAUUUGGAGAGAAACUUUAUCUCACGAUUGGAUUUCAGUCUUCCAAACAACCUAAAGGUUCUUUUACUGGCAGAAAACAAUAUUACAAGAUUCUUCAAUAAUCCGCCGUCUAAUGUCAAGACCUUCACUCUAUCUCGAAACCCGUGGAGGUGUGAUUGUGAUACUCUACCGUUUAGAAAGUGGAUCAUAGCACACAAUUCUACGAUUUUAGAUGUAAACGAGGUACGAUGCAGCUUUGAAGAAGGCAGAGAAAGUCUGAGAGGAAAAGUAAUAAUUACUCUGAGUGAACUCGAGCUUUGCCCUAAACCACAGAUCUAUAUCCUAAUGGGAGCGGGGGGAACGGUGAUUUUAAUAAUGACAGUGACCUCCCUUUUGUUGUGUUUCCGAUAUCGAUAUCAUUUAAGAGUGUGGCUCUAUUCAAGAGGAUUGAGAUGUUUGAAAAAAAGAAGCGAAAGAGAUGUUGGAAAACUAUUCGAUGCUUAUAUUUCUUUGUCCGAUGUAGACGUCUCAGAGGUUCGAAAACACUUUCUACCAGUGUUGGAACUGAAGCAUCCGUUCUAUAAAUUGUUUGUUGCCCAGAGAGAUAUCAAAACAGGAAAUUUCGAAAUAAGCAAUCUGAUGAGACGAAUAGGGGAUUGCAAACGCACAGUCGUUUUGCUCACUAAGAACUACUUGGAAAACGAGUUUUGCAUGGGGAUAUUUAGAAUGGCAUUUGCGAAUUCAUUAGAGGAGAAAUCGCAUCGAAUCAUCCUUGUGAAGUUUGGACCCCUUCCACCCCUAAAAGAGAUGGAUCAGAGUCUGAAGACAGUGAUGGAAUCGUCGAGAUGUCUCAAGUUCGGAGAUAAGUUAUUCUGGGAUAUGCUGCGAUACGAAAUGUCUGAAAAACGUCCUGAUACUGGCAUUGAUUGCGAACUGCAAGAAGAUAGCUCUGAUGAUGUUCCUUUAAUACAAGAGUUCUGAGUACAUAUUAUAUCUAGAA